GUCGCGCUCGGGCCAACACUCGGUCAGUCAUGUGAACGACACCGUAGCGAGAGGUUGUGUCUAUCGUGCUGCGGCGACAUACUCGUAUGUGUACCAUGUGUAGUUGUGUGCUCUCGGUGGUGCUUGUGUGUUUAACCAGGAUAUUAUGUGCGUCUGCGGGUUGGACAGGCCAGGACGAUCUGUUGUCCCAUACGAGAUAUGUCAUAGCGCCAGAACACCUACUCCCUUAUCAAAAUCAAGGAGACGAGAUUGAGAUUUUUGAAGGCGUAAAGCAGCGUGACAUGAAAGGUCUGGUGGGAGAGACGAUACAACUGCCAUGUUCGGUCAACACGGAGACAUGUGGUGACCUCCACAGCAUCAAGUGGUAUAGAGGGUCAUCCAGGAUAUAUGUGUUCAGCGAGAUGGCCGGCAUCGCCCGCGCGGAGGGCGAGUACUCGGAGAGGGCGGAGCUCCAGUACACCCCCAACAGCACCGUGAGUCACCUGAAGGUUCGUCAGCUUCAGGUCGCAGACGAGGCUGUCUAUAAGUGCGAGAUCACCUACCUGGAGGUCAGAGAGGGCUGCCAGGUCGUCCAGUUCAUCAACCUCAUCACUCUAAUCAAACCCAACUCGGUGACGCUGUUCCGAACGUCGUUGGCGAAGGACAACGAACUGAAGAACGCCACGAAAGUAGGGCCUCUUAGUGAGGACGAUGAGCUUCUACUGAUCUGUGAAACGGAGGGUGGUAAACCCACCCCUAGCGUCCAGUGGUGGAAUGGCUCAUCACAAAUACAUGGGGACACAGAGGUUGAGCUGCAGAACGGACAGACUGUAGCUCGUAAGAAGAUCAAGAUCACCAUUAGUAGGGGAGACCUUGGUGCGAGGUACGAGUGUCGCGUCCAGAACGACGCACUAGAAUCUCCUUUGGUUGCCUACGUGGAUCUAGAUGUCUACGUGCGACCUCUAUCACUGAACCUGUCAGGAGUGGAGCACCACGUGGUGCAAGGGACCAACGUACUUCUGCAGUGUCUAGUGGUGGGGGCGAGACCAGCGGCUACCAUCACGUGGUACAACGGCACGAACCCAAUACCUGCCAACUCUACUGAGCGACAGAUGCAGAGGAGACUGCCUAAAACCAAAGUUUUUAACACGACUGACGGAACGUUCGACACGGUGAGUUCUUUGUCGUUCACAGCCACGAGGUUUGAGAACGGAGGAUCCUUGACGUGUGAGGCCACCAAUGACGUUAUGGAGAGCAGAAACGAGGUCCCAAUGAGGGACAACAUCAAGCUGGAAGUCAUGUAUCCCCCCAUUGUGACAGUAUACCCCGAGAACAUAACGGUGAACGAGUCAAUGAACAUAACCAUACUGUGCCACUAUGAAGCCAACCCCUCCACACUUCGUUCAAUCAAGUGGCUACGUAACAACGAAGUGAUCAAAGCCCAGGAGGGUGGGGAACGUUCCCCUACCGGUGCUGACGAAGACUCCGUAGACGGUCUGGACGGCACGGUGCUGACGGUCAAGACAGCCACUAGAAACCACCAUGGUAUCUACACUUGUAUGCUGGAGAAUGAGGUCGGCGUUUCGACAUCUUCCAAUGAGGCGAACGUCUCAGUGUACUAUAAGCCCAUAGUAAAUCUAACAACAAAUCCACCGACGCCUGUAAGUGAGCUGGACCAUCAAAACAUCACCUUACUAUGCCAGGUGUACACUGGGUACCCAGACACACUGUUGGCGGUGAGAUGGUACCUGGACGGCGAGUUACUCAAAGAGUUGCCGGAAUGUGGUGCCUCCAACGCCACCCUCUGCGACAUCGACCCCAGCAAGCUCCUGUUGGAGGAGGUCGAGAGGAGGUUCCAUGGCAACUACUCGUGUGCUGGGAUGAACGAAGCGGGCUGGGGACCCAUCAGUGCAGCUACUCCAGUCAUCGUAUAUUACCCACCAGGGGACACGUCGCUCGUCUACACCCCAAACCAGGUGAAGAAGAAGGGCAGUGUGACACUAAUGUGUAGUGUACGUGACGAGGGUCGUCCCCCCGGGCCGAUCUACCGAUGGCUACGUGGAGGUCAUCUCAUACACGACGUGACGUCUGCCAACUGGACCAUUGACCCGGUCACGCUGGAGACCGAGUCCAACUUCACCUGCAUCGCGGAGAAUGACGGAGGACAGAGUGUGCCGGCCACGGUGGCGUUCAAAGUUUUGGCACCACCAAACUUCAUUGAGCGACCUCACCCGUACUUCGGCGCUCGAUGGAACGACCAAUAUAUCAACCUGACCUGUAGAGUGGAGUGUAGCCCCCUCUGUACGAUCAGCUGGACCAAAAACGGACGACCCAUCGACAAAGCCAUGAACAACCGGUAUGACAUACGGGAGGUCGUGGAACGGUCCAACCCGACGGCCAACAUCUUCGAGUCUGUCAGGUCAACGCUGAUCUGGAACAUGUCGGCCUGGCCUGGGGCGCAACUAGACAGGUUGUCAGACAACGCCAACUACUCUUGUCACAGUUCAGGCAACCUUGUGGGAGCUGGAGUCAACAGCACAACAACGUUUGGUGUAGAGUAUCCUCCAGAAAACGUGACGGUGACCAACAAGAUUGUGAACGUGACUGAGAACAACAUCCCUCCCAGAGUGCUCUGCAGCGCCAAGGCGUUCCCCGAGGCGUCCUACAACUGGUCGAGGGAGGGGGACAGUGACGUGGUCAGGGGGAACGCUCUCAUCCUCAACUUCCCCAUGCAGAGGCACAAGGGUGGAAACUACGUGUGUACGGCGUACAACAAACACGGCAGCAACACGCAGACCACGUUCUUCAAUGUGCUGUACAAGCCUGAAUGUGGCAUCACCCAGACCGAAGUCAGUGGCAAGAUGGUGCUGAUAUGUACGGCAACUGCCAACCCCGCGGACGUGGACUUCACAUGGAAAGUGAAAAACGAAAACGAAACGAUAGAAGACAACAUCGAGAAAGUUGGACUGCAAAGUUUUUUAACGCUUGAAACUAGAGUGGAAAAUUUCAGGACAUACUUGUGCGUGGCGAAUAAUUCUGUUGGUUCAUCAAUACCGUGCGAAAGAGAUGUUACAGCAUACCAGGAGAAAAGUAGUAAGUUCAGAGCUACAGGUAACAUCAGCUGGUGGCACAGGUUAGAGAACGAUAAUCUGAUGAUACUACUAGCUGUGAUUGCUGGUAUCAUACUGGUGGUGAUCAUCAUUUGUGUCAUCAUCAUCAUAGUCUGCAGACGCAGGCGAGCCGCAGACAAAUAUAAUAACCCAGUGGAGUUGGAAGAUAGACAAAAUCCUGACGGGACUACGUCUCCAGUUCCCCCAGUUACUCCGCCCAAGUGGCCCCUAAGACCUGGCGUGUUGGUGCAUGUAAACACGAACCACAGCCUGAGCCUGGGCCGGCUGCCUGCUGGUGGGGGCGAAGACCGAGAGCGACAAAGACGGACUACCAGUCUGGCUAGCGUAGUCAGCGAGAACCAGCACACUAGAGCUCAGCGAAUCAAAAACAUGUUCAGCGAUCAUCGCAACAAACUGUCUGAUACAAUGCCUGGGAUAUACCACGGUGAAUCUGGAGUGAUCACCUUUAAGAAGAUAGACCCCACUGCAACCCAUGGAACGUCCAGAAAACGAAAAAAACCGGGCAAAGGCCCAAACCCAUCAACUACCAAAGAUAAGUCAGAUCUCAACUCGUCUCCAAGCGAUGCUCUCCUUCAGACAGACCCUGACAACAAAGCUUUCUAUGAAAACCUUCCCUUCCAUGGCAUGCAGAACCCCCCAAACAAGCCAUUCCGUCCCCAGUUUUCGGAUCUGGACUACGCUGACGUGGACUACAGGUCCUACGGGCCCAUCAACUACAAGGCUGCCAGCAUAUACGCUGUUCAGGGCCGCAAUACGCCGGCGCCCGACGACGAGGAACUACUGUGAUCCCCCACGCAUUUACUACGCCCUCCGACGUUGCCACAUCUCGUGCGACGUUGCCACAUCUCGUGCGACGUUGCCACAUCCCGCGCGACGUUGCCAACUUACGUUUUGAUCGAGGCACUACGUUUCGUUAAGCAUUUCGUUAGUUGUAUGAAUCAUGUAAUGUGCCUUUUUACGAUAAUUUACACCGUUAGUCUGUGUUAGUGUUUCGGUGUAGCUUGUAAAGUCGUGGGUUCCAAAUUCCAGUAGCUUAAGGAAGGGAUAAUUAAGUGCAUUUUGUAACUUAUUUCUAGUCAUUUUAAAUUUUAAAACUCAAUAUUAACGAACUAAUAAUUAGUUUAUGUUUGCUAGGGUUAAUGUUUGCUGUGAAUUAAUACUGUCAUUUAUUCAAAAUAGGUUCCGACAGGUCCAAGGUCUGUGAACGUUAAUAAUGAUCCAAUAUUUAUUGUAUAAACAUAUUUUAUUAGUUUUAAGAAUUGCAUAAUGGUUCUACAGUUUUAAUUCACAAUAAAUCCUCUCAAUGUGAUUUUUACUGAUAGGAGUUUCAACAGUGGUAGAUUUAUUUUAAAAUUACAUAUUUUCCACUACUCGAAGAAAUGUAUAUCUGAUUGUUUGCUGUACUCAAAUGUUUGUGCUCUUCACGACUCGUCUCUCUUCGUGGAACGUUUUCUCAGUGUUCGGGGCUAAGCCUUCUCUAACUAUUUGUAAAUACUGUGGCCAAAGACUACAACCCUUGUAAGAUAAGAGGGGAGGUGCUUCGUUGUACUAGUGCGAAUUCAAAAACUCGUUUUCUAUCGCCCCAAAACAAAUAACACUGUUUUGUAACUAGUUCGUACUAAUGUCCAUCGGUGUGUAUACAUGUACAGUGUGUUAUAUAAUGAAAAUAAUGUUUUUUAAAAAGCAACAUAUAGUGAUGUAUUUUGUACAUAAAGAGGGGAUUGUUAGGACCGAAGAUGGUAGAUAUUUUCUCGGUCAAACAUUGUUAACUUGGAUGUGUAUAUUUGAAUGAGAUGGCUGUAAAAAAGUUCGUGUCCAAGUGGAUAUAGUGUGGAUACGUGCUAGAGAACGUUUUCACUGUUGGAAUAAAAUAAUGA